AUGCAUUUGUAGUACGACUUAUCUAGAAUCCGGUACGCCAUUUGUUCCCGAUCAACAUGUCAGAUUCCGAUGCGGAUAAAACAAUGAGCAUCUCUGAUGCGGACAGUAAAGAAAUGUAUGAAGAAUCAAGCAAAAAGCGACGAUUGUCAGACUCUACAGAAUCUAGUUCUGUUUCUCCUGAAUGUAAACGACUUUGUUCCGUCACUAAGAAUACACCUGGGAGCCCUGACCGAGAUGAAGAUGGAGCUCCUAAACACUCAACAGAAUCUGAGGAUUCGCUAUCUAUUCCUGGAAAAAAAAUAACCAAAAUAGCUUCCCUUGACCUUCCACCAAAAUUAAAUAAAUGGGAAAGAAAACACAUUGAAAACCUCAAUAUCUCAAUAGUGUAUGCUCCUAAUACGAAACCUCUUGAUCUUAUUCAAUGCGGAGAAAUUAAGAACUACGAGGAGACUGAAAAUAUAAUCGAGUUGAAGAAAUAUAUACAGAAGAGUCCUAUAAUGGCUAAUUUAAGAUCCUUGGACCACGUGUACACCUCUUUUUCUGAACUGUCAUCGGAAAGCUUAUGGGAGAUGGCUCCAAAUGAGGAUGAAAAAUUAUCAAUGAUCCCAGCAUGGGUACCAGAACAACAUAUGAUAUGGUUUUACAGAUUUCAUUGUCAAGCACAGGAGUUUGGUAACCAGCUUUAUCUGGUACUAAAAAGAAGAGAAAAUGGUUGUAACAUACUCGGAAGUCACGUGCAAUCAUUGUUUGAGACAUUUGCUGGUAUGUUUGGAUUGAAAAGUGGGCUCAGUAGUGUACCAUGUCUGGAAAUAGAUACAAAGAGAAUCAAUAGGCUGGAUAUUAUGGGUGCAGCUGACAUUAUUUUCCCCUGCAAAAUGUUUUCGCCAUUUCAAGAAGUCAAACAAGGAACUCAGCACCCCUCAGUUGUGGCAGUUUGUGAGGUCAAAAGAGACUGUCCAAAACUGACCCAAAGGGAUUCACCACUGAGCAGUAGAAACUGUACUAAAUUAAAAAUCAAUUCUAAAGACUCAGCAGAGCGAAUUUCGUCAACAACAGAUUCAAAAGCUUCACACCAUGAAACUCUUCAGCACCUUGAUGAUAAAAUAAUUGGCCAACAUGGAGGAGAACUUCUGUUCCAUUAUCCAGACACAAUUAAGAAGGGGAAAAUAUUUGGAUUAAUUGUGCAAGAAACACAGGUUACAUUUACAAUGCUGGAAAUGAGUGCGGAACAAUAUAAUGACAUAGUUGAAGGUAACAUAUUACAGCACAAAAGUGGAGAUCGACCAACUUUGAAGGUUUCUAAACCAUAUGACUAUUUGAAAACUCGGGAUAGAGAAUUUAUCAUAGAGGCAUUCAUCAAACUUGCAAUGCUACAAAGGACAAUUAUUUAAUUUCGUCACGAGGAGCUCUGGUAUGGAUACCCAGAUAUAGUUUUGAUACCAGAUGAUGUACCAGACUAUAUACCCAUCUCAUUUUGAUGUCACAUGAUGAUGGAACUAACUUAAUGUUGUAACUGAUUUUUUCUAAGCGGCAGCAGAAAUGAAAGUCACCUGGAUUUUUUUGUUUGUAUUUUGGAUAUGACCUUUAAAAAUGAGGUCGCCCAUCCCUGUAGACAUUUCAUUCAAUCAUUUGUUGAAUUUCGGUACCAUUAUAGAAUGGUAUCCAGAUAUAAAAAAGCCUAUUGGAAAGAAACAGUUGGAAACAUGUACACCUAGCAAGUGUUGCUUGCGUGAAUUGAAAAAAAAAGUGCUAUACAUGUAAAUAUGUAUAUAAAUGUAAAGUAGUAGUAGUUUAUUUAUUCAUAGUGACAUGCGUGUAUUCACAGACAUUUUGUUAACGAGCAGCUUGAAAAUUAAUCAAACACCCAGCCCAUUGGGCCUAUAUGCCUCUUUAAACACAAAAGUUAAAUGCAGUACACGAGGAAGAAAAAAGGUGUACAGCGUUAAGAAGUAAAUGAAAAAUACAUGAAAAUAUACACAUUAGAAAUGCAUACAUGUUGUAAGUAAAUACCUGCAGUACCAAGUUCAGUAGUCUUUUAUGAAAUAUUGGGGGAAAUAUAUAACCAUUGGCAUGUAUGCAUAAAUACAUAUACAUACAAUUUACAUGCUUAAUUUUUGAAAAUAACUGACUGUCAGUGCAUAAACGAAGAAUACAAAUACUUUGCAACUUGACUAUUAAAGCAAUGUCAUCUGUAUAUAAUAAGAUAAACAGCUUACGGUUAACUAUUUCUAGUCCUAAAUCAAGAUCGUUAAUAUCCUGUACCAAAUUGUUGAUAAAAAUUGAAAUAGGGUUGGGGAUAAAUAGGUAAUUAUGGUAGAUAAUGACUUUUAUGUAACGUGUUAAUUGUGUAUGUUCUAUUGUGUAUAUUUUGGAUAAGUAAAAUAUGGUAAACACAUGUUUUGUAUAAC